UAGCUAUUGAAUUGCCUUGAAUAUUAUCCAGUUUUUUUUAAAACGUAUAUCACGCCUAAAGGUUGUAUUGUCCUCGAAGUAGAGCACUUGACACUAUUUCUAAAGGGCUAAUCGAAUGUCCUUUCCAUUUCGUAAUAAUGUGGUGUGUAUAUUAUUUUUUCGUACCAUCGCACGUUUAGUCAGAGGCAGUAUAAAUACCGAUUGAUCAAAAAUUUGAAACAUUCAAGCAUCCACCUGUUUAUGUACAUGUGCUUUUGUCGUUCUAUAAAUCGCGUUUUGGAUUAAUUAUAUAGACAUUAAAUUGUUUAUGUAUAAAACUCGUCCUUCAAAAUAUUGAACGACUCAAAAUUUGUAAAUUUUGUUUGACUGUGCGUUCAUCAAGGAUUUUAAAAGUAGGUAUUUCUGCCUAGUUGUGUUUUAUAAGGUUCUUGGAAUUAUUGAGUAGAUAUUUAUCAGUUUUGUUAACACCUUGUCGACACAAUUCUGUUUAGAGUGUGAACGACAUUUGAUCAAAUGUAGAUAAUAGUACACAAACUAUGGAGAGUUCUACUGCUUUUUCACUUUGCGUCAUUCUACAUGAUGCAGUAAAAGAGUUCAAAAUACUAGCAAAUGUUGUUGACAUUAUGAGGAAAAAGAAACAGAGAAUCAAUUUAAAUUAUUCAGAAGCCGAAGAAUUUGUUCUUAAACAAAUGAAUAAAAUACUGGAAAAAUACUCGUUUAAAUACAGUGUCAGUUUUCAAGAUAUGCAUAUGGAGGUGCUCAAGGAACUACAGAAGAGUUCCAAAAUUACGGAGUAUCCAUCGACUGCGACAGUCGUUGAAGACUCGUUCUUUUCCACAAAGUACAUGGAGAAACUAAUGAAGGAAAUAUUUUGUUUAAUUGAUGUUCUUGAAAAAUUGGCAGAAGAAAUUCAAAAUACGGGGUCAUGCGAUUCAUUGCAACAAUCAGUUGACAAAGAAGAAUCAGAAUUCAAAGAGAUAGAACAUAUUCUGGAAAGAGAACGUCAAGCUCGUGAGAAAAUCAAGGAAAUGAGACAUAAGAUUCAAGAAAAGAAUGAAGAAGGUAUAAAAAUUAUUGAACAAGGCAAAGAAACUAUAGCAUAUUUAAAGGACCAAGUCCAAGAAAUGAAAGCUAAAAUAAUUAUGGAAGAAAAAUAUAUAACACGUUAUUCUGCAGUAAAAUUAGAAGAAUUCCAAAGUCAAUGUGAUCAAAAAGAAAAUGAAAUCAAACAUCAACUAGAUUUCGUUCAAUCAAAUCGUAACACAGAAGAACGAGUUCAUGCAGAGAUUACAUCUUACUUAAAUGAUCGUAUAUCAUACUUAAGAAAGCAUGAAAAAUUCUGGAAAGAAAAGUCUGAUAAAGAUAUUACUCAGUUUAAACAAGAGUUAAAUGAGCUCAAAGACAAAAAAGAGAAGAACUUAACUAAACUUAGUGAAUUAUCUUUAUUGUAUAAAGAAUAUGAAGCCGUAGUUCUGUCUGAUCGAAUUGAAAAAGAGAAAGCUCGUCAAAGAGAAGAACAAGAAGAGUUAGAAUUAUUCGCAGCUUGUAAAAUUCAAAAUUGGUGGCGUACUGUUUGCGUUCAACAUAAUCUUGGUCCGUAUGGGAAGAAGAAGAGAAAAGGAACGAAGACAAAAAAAGGGAAAGGAAAAAAGAAGUAGGACUGUAUUUUUGGGGAUCAGACGGAUUCAUAGAAUUUAUAAUCGGUGUGAACAUGGUUCUUCAAACCGCUACAAUAAUAUAGUAAUAAAAGAUAUGACUAUGAAACAAUGUGAAUUGAUUCCCAAAAUUCGAAAGUUAAUUUUACUCUAUUUAAUGUUUUAUGUAGGAAAUACUAAUGUAUUUCAACAAAUGUCUAACAUCUUUGUUUACAGUUUAAUUUAAAAUUAAUUAGUAUUGGGUCAAGUAAUACAAUAAACAGUGCUAACCCUAUGGGAAUCAUAUACAUGGUCAUACUUAUGUUAAAUAAUCUUUAUCCAUAUUAAAUAUAUCGUUCUAUCUCCAGUC